AUGUGCAUGGAAGAGCCAAGAGUGAUGUUGUAUGAAAGAGAACCUUCACGUGCGUAUUACGUCGGAGGCCUCAUAGAUACACAAGUUGAUGAUGCUGCAAUCAACAACUAUGGUGAAGUUGAAGAGAAAAAUAGGGCCAAGAAGCUUUCUGAUCGUUCAGUGCAGACCCAUUAUUUAAAAGAGACUGAGGAUGCUCAUCAACGGGAUGCAAGAAAACCUGAAAGGAGCGAUCAGUGGGUUGAUGAUGAGAGAACGCAGAGGAGGAAUUUGCACGGUGAUAAUCGGAUAAGCAUGACAGCGACUGACCGGAAACCUUCACCUGAGAUGUGGCGUAAGCCUGCUGAGCGGAGAAAAUCUUCCGAUGCUGUUGAUCCACAGUGUGUUAAAGCUACUUCAGCGGUUGAACUUGCUCAAGCUUUCUCUCGAUCCAAGUCAGAUCCAAAAGUCAAUGAUAGAUUGCCAAGUUAG